CGUCAUACGCCGCGUUGGCUCGCAACAGUCCAAAGAAAAGUUUUUAGACCCCCCCCGUCCACUCCGUAUUUUUUUUUGUUUGGGGAGAAGUUGUGGGUAGCGGACCGUGUGAAUGUUGCGCGAGCAUGGGUUUUUAACCCCUUCGCCGUAGGGGAGUUAUAUUUAUUUUAUUUGGGAGAUAGAACACAGGUCAUACGCGCAUGAUAUAAGUACAUGUUUUACCUUUGUUAGUUCUGGCCACGGCAAACUUACUGGCUGGCGUUGGAAGUCCAUUUCACCUCACCCCCUUCUCCGUUAGCCUAGCCACUAGCUAGUAGAUUUAUCUUACACCGUUUUUGUGGUACAGCUGAAAAAAGUUACUAGCUGGUGAAAUGGCGGAAACCAAAAUAAUAUACCACAUCGACGAGGAGGAGACGCCGUAUCUGGUAAAAAUUCCGAUUCCCGCAGAAAACAUUACGUUGUUAGAUUUUAAACAAGUCUUGAACAAGCCCAACUACAAAUUCUUUUUCAAGUCCAUGGAUCAAGACUUCGGGGUGGUGAAGGAAGAGAUCUCAGACGAGAGUGCGAAGCUCCCUUGUUUCAACGGACGAGUGGUGUCAUGGCUAGUAUCAUCAGACGCUCCAGGAGGAGCAGGACCUGUGUCACCAGUGCUCCCUCCUCCCCCAGCAGAAGUCCGGGCCCCCCCCUCACCCCCUCCUCCUCCUCUCCCACCUCCACCCGUGGAGAGGACCGGGGGCAUCGGAGACUCCAGGCCCCCAUCAUUCCAUCCGAAUGCGGCAGGCAGUGUGGAGAACCUGGACGACCAGACGGAGACCGAGUCAGUGGUGUCCUUCAGGAGAGAGCGGCCCCGGCUCAGGGAGGCCGUGGAGCAACACGGGCCGCGGAUGAACGGUCAGACCCGUAUGGAGCGCCACCUAGCGGGAUACGAGAGCGCUACCACUGUGAUGAGCAGUGAGCUGGACACCACCAGCUUCUGUGACUCGGAGGACGACGACACCAUGAGCCGGUUCAGCAGUUCCACGGAGCAGAGCACGGCGUCCAGGCUGCUCAAACGCCACCGCAGGCGCAGGAAACAGCGCCCCCCCAGGCUGGAGAGGGCGUCGUCUUUCAGUAGCGUGACGGAUUCCACCAUGUCUCUGAACAUCAUCACGGUGACGCUCAACAUGGAGAAGUAUAACUUCCUGGGCAUCAGUAUCGUGGGCCAGAGCAACGAGAGGGGGGACGGGGGCAUCUACAUUGGCUCCAUCAUGAAGGGAGGGGCAGUGGCCGCGGACGGACGUAUCGAACCAGGGGACAUGCUGCUGCAGGUGAACGACAUCAACUUUGAGAACAUGAGUAACGAUGACGCGGUCCGCGUGCUGAGGGAGAUCGUGCACAAACCAGGGCCUAUCAUCCUGACAGUGGCUAAGUGCUGGGACCCCUCACCUCAGGGCUACUUCACCCUCCCGCGCAUAGACGAGCCGAUCCGGCCCAUCGACCCGGCGGCGUGGGUGAGCCACUCGGUGGCCCUGACGGGGGUCUACCCUCCCUACACCGGCAGCUCCGCUCUCAGCACCAUCACCUCGUCGUCCUCGGUCACCGAGACAGAACGUUUUGAUGACUUCAACCUGUCCCUCCACUCUGACAUGGCGUCGGUUGCUAAGGCCAUGGCGUCCCCUGAGUCGGGGCUUGAGGUCCGGGACAGGAUGUGGCUGAAGAUCACUAUCCCUAACGCCUUUCUGGGCUCAGAUGUGGUCGAGUGGCUGUAUCACCACAUCGAGGGCUUCCAGGACCGCCGCGAGGCCAGGAAGUACGCCAGCAACCUGCUGAAGGCCGGGUUCAUCCGCCACACCGUCAACAAGAUCACCUUCUCAGAACAGUGUUACUACAUCUUCGGAGACUUCAGCGACUGUGAGAACUACAUGGCCAACCUCUCCCUGAACGACAAUGACGGCUCCAGCGGGGCCUCCGACCAGGACACCCUGGCCCCGCUGCCCCUUUCUGGAGCCACGCCCUGGCCCCUGCUGCACUCCUUCCCCUCCUUCCAGUACCCGCACCCCUACUCCAGCCAGCCCCCGCCCUACCACGAGCUGUCCAGCUACAGCUUUGCCCCGGGCAGCACCGGCACCGGCAGCCAGCACAGCGAAGGGAGUCGGAGCAGUGGGUCAACGAGGAGUGAGGGCGGCGAGAGGCGGCGAGGCAGUAAGGGAGGUCCGGGUAGCACCGCGGGGGGAGAGAAGUCCCCUUCUGGGGGGGGUGGAGGAGGAGGAGGAGGGGGGGAUGGGGCAGACUCUCGCUCGGGAAGCGGCAGUGAAUCAGAGUACUCCGUCCGCAGCAGCCUGAGGCGGGGCCAUGGCUCGGCCACGCCCAGCGAGCAUAGCCACUCCUCCCAGCGCUCGCAUCACCACCGCAUGGCACCGCCCCAACACAUGUCCCCCUACCCCCCCGGAAUGCCCCUCCCCUACAACCCCAUGAUGCUCAUGAUGGUUCCACAACACCCCCACAUGGGACCGCUGAACAUGGGACACCCCCACCCGCACCCCUCGGUCCCCAUGCACCCGGGCAUAGGCCCCUCCCCUGUCCCUGGGGGACCACCUGGGGCCCCCCCAACCCGUGACCUGGGCUCUGUGCCCCCCGAACUGACGGCCUCACGCCAGUCCUUCCACCUUGCCAUGGGCAACCCCAGCGAGUUCUUUGUGGAUGUCAUGUAAUCUGAUGACGUCUGUGUGUGUUUGUGUGUGUGUGAGGUAAGUGACCAUUUGGUGUGAAGUUUAGGAGUGUUUCAGUCUUUGGAAGACUGACCGCUGUAGUCUAUGGUUUGGAGGUAACUAACUCACGGUGUGAUGAGGCACUCGGUUCUAGUCUGGGAAGAACAGGGUUCAGAAGGAUUCUGGCGCUGUGUCGUUGAAGACAUGACAUGCUUAAGGUACUGGCAUAUUUUGAAGUUGCCCCAACUCCCCCCACAUCUUUCCACCUAACUAAAAACCAAACAUGCUGCUGGACCCAUCGGAAAGCUCCUCUUCUUUGGUUUAAUACUACUGGUUUCCCUCUCACACACUCCGUCUGGGAAGCUGUUCUGUGUUUUUCAACUGAUUUAGUUAUUAGCAUUAUGUUUGUUUUUCUCACUGGUACUGCAUGCCUUUCUGACCAAGUGGCUGAGAGUAACAGUAGUUGUCUUUCAUUGAAAAGGAGCUGCCGUCAGUUGUACUGAGAGGACUUGACAGGUAGAGGGCACCAUUUACCCUUGUUUUGUUUUACAUGGAAGGGAGAAGUUUUUAAAGGUGAAAUUGAUCAUUGAUUUACCUGUGUAGUAAUGAUGGCAUUUGGGGCUGUAUCACAUAAUUCAUGAGUGCCUUAUUUUCAUCCAGGAGCCCCGUACAAUAAAUGGACUAUAAAUUGUCACUAUUCAAUAACUAUCAUUCUGCCUUGGUGGGAUGAAGUAAAAAUGAAAUUUUUUUAUGAAUCUGUGUGCAAACCAUUUUUUUUUAUUUUUUUUGUCAUGGACUUGCCAUUGUAUAUCUACAAUAUGUCAUGUAAAUGCAGUACUACGCCAUAGUGAUUUCUAAUGUGUACCCUAAGCUCAGAGGGUGACAGGCACAUUUCUCUCAAGCAGCCCAAGGAUAUCGCCCUCUGAUGACAAGGUACCUUGCAACAUUGUCCAAGGCUCUCUAGUAGAGGAAUUGGUACUUGAAGAGCAUAAACCAAAAAUGGUACUGUUGGGAUUGAAUCAUUAGAUUGUUCCUGAAAAUGACUGUGAUCCUCUCUUUUGUUUCAUAUUUUGUAUGUUACUGACCCGCAUAAGCAUCCAUUUUGUACAAGUGAAUAUAAUGAAGAUGAUGAUGAUGAUGUAUAAUCAAACCAUACAGGUGCUAAAUGAAGAAAGUAAAUUGUUUCAAAGUAGCAGAAUCAUCUUGGGUGUCUUUGUUUAAUUUCAUUGUCACUUUAGUUUCUGUAUUUGAUAAUA